UACGUAUCUAUCCGCACUAAAAAAGUCACCAUGUUCAAAAUAUUUACCACGUUCCUCGUUUGUCUCUCCUUCCUCUCAGAGGAGGUGGUGUUCUCCUCCUCUCUCCUCAUCCGCCAGACUCCUCAACACCUCCUGAGGAGGACAACUGAACACAGAGAGGCACACCUGGACUGUCACCACGGCGACAACGACUACCCGUACAUGCUGUGGUACCAACAGAAGGACAAGGGAGGACAGAAGACCAUGGAACUCAUUGGAACUCUACACUAUACAAACCCAACUCUUGAGAAGAACUAUGAAACACGGUUCAACUUAACAGGUCAUUCCAAGGCCAAAGCCAGCCUGGUUAUCUCUGAGAUAAACCCUACAGACAGUGCCGUGUAUUACUGUGCAGCCAGUCAGCACAGUGCUUUGGUCCAUUACUGCUCAGUAUGUCCACACUGUGACAACUAUAAUCCUGCAUUGUUUGGAGCAGGAACCAAACUGACUGUUCUGGAGCCAGACAUCCCUGUCACUCCACCCAAAGUCAAAGUCCUUCCACCCUCCACUAAGGAGUGUGAAGAUAGAAACAAGAAGAAGAAGAAGACGUUGGUGUGUGUGGCCACCGACUUCUACCCCGACCACGUCACUGUGUUCUGGAAGUUAAAUGGAGGCGCCAACAUCACCGAUGGAGUGGGGACCGACAACACUGCCUUGAGGGAUGAAAACAGACGCUACAGUAUCACCAGCAGACUGAGAGUCCCAGCCAAGACAUGGAACACGGCCUCUAACAGAUUCACCUGCGCCGUCCGCUUCUUCAAUGGGACCGAUAACAUAUAUGUUGCAGAUCACAUUAACGGAGGAGGAGGUGGUGAUGGAGGGAUGACGACAGAGUACUACGUGAUGAGCACCCAGACUGCCAAGCUGGCCUACAGCAUCUUCAUCGCUAAGAGUACCUUCUACGGCCUGGCCGUCGUGGCUCUGAUUUGGAAGUUUCAGGUGAGUUCACUGCUACUAUGAUGAGGAACAUCACACAGCCUUCUCUCUCUUCUUCAAUCUAUGUCUUGUGCCAGCUAGCCUGGUCGCAGUUCUGUUUGUGCUGUUAUGGUCGGCAUGACAACGACAUACUGUAGGAGUUGGCAGGAAAGCACAAACAGAUCUGGGACCAGGCUAGCUUUGUGCUAAUAAAGGAUCUAAGAUGGCAACAUACUGUCUUUAUCCUGUA